AUGGCGAUAGAAGCAAAAGCAGACCUGUUGAAUGAGCAGCAGCAUGAUGUUGCAGGUGUUAUCAGGACACUGAAGGAGCGGUUCGCUGAUCGCUGCGCGACAUCGCAUGCCUUGAGAGAGCAGCACGGACACACAACCACCUGGCUCACGAACCAGCCGCCCGACGCUGUCGUAUUUGCAGAAACGACCGACGAGGUGGCUGAAAUCGUCCGGCUCUGCGCCGCAGAAAAUAUUCCGGUAAUCGCCUUCGGCACAGGGACUUCGCUCGAAGGACAUGUCAACGCACCUCGCGGAGGAAUUUCGAUUGAUCUCAGCAGGAUGAAUCGGGUUCUUGAAGUGAAUUCGGACGACCUUGAUUGCCGGGUCGAGGCGGGCGUGACCCGCAAGCAGCUCAACAGUUAUAUCAGGGACACCGGAUUAUUCUUUCCGAUCGAUCCCGGUGCUGAUGCCAGCCUCGGCGGCAUGGCGGCAACCAGGGCAUCAGGUACGAAUGCCGUUCGCUAUGGGACAAUGAAAGACGCGGUUCUCGGGUUGACCGUGGUUACGGCUGACGGGAGCAUCAUCAAGACAGGCGGCCGUGCCAGGAAGUCCUCUGCCGGCUAUGAUCUGACGCGUCUGUUUGUCGGGUCUGAAGGAACGCUGGGUAUCAUCACGGAGCUGACCAUCCGGCUUCAUGGUCAACCGGAGGCAAUUUCGGGAGGUGUCUGUCCUUUUCCUGAUGUGGAGGCUGCCUGCCAGGCCGUGAUCAUGACGAUCCAGAUGGGCUUGCCGGUCGCACGGAUCGAGCUGCUCGACAGCCUUCAGGUCAAGGCUUGCAAUGCCUAUUCAAAGCUGGACCUUGCGGAGACGCCGACACUGUUCCUGGAAUUCCACGGAUCGGAAGCCGGGGUUCAAGAGCAAUCGGAGAUGUUUUCUGCCAUAGCCGAUGAACUUGGCGGCGGCCCGUUCAAAUGGGCCACGGUGGCAGAAGACCGAACCAGACUCUGGUCGGCACGUCACGAUGCCUACUGGGCGGGCAAGGGAUUGAGACCGGAAGCUCAGAUCGUGGCGACCGAUGUUUGCGUGCCGAUCUCGCGGCUUGCCGAAUGCGUCAUCCAAACUGCGCAGGACAUUGAGGCCGAAGGACUUCUGGCACCGAUUGUGGGUCACGUCGGCGACGGCAAUUUCCACGUCCAGAUUCUGGUUGAUCUCGAUGAUCCGGAGGAAAUGCGAAAAUCCGAAGCUUUUGUUGAACGGCUCGCGAUCCGUGCCCUCGAUAUGGGCGGAACCUGUACAGGCGAGCACGGUGUCGGCCAGGGCAAGCAGAAAUACAUGAGGCGGGAACAUGGUGAUGCACUCGAAAUGAUGCAGGCAAUCAAGCAAGCGCUCGAUCCGCACAAUUUGAUGAAUCCGGGCAAGAUCCUGCCGCAAUCAUGA